GCUGUUGCUCAUUUCACAAUAGUCCCGCCCAUGCUGUGCCAGGCUUGAGUGUAUCCUGCGCUACAGUUUACUUAGUUAAAGAAGACUUCUUCUGGCGUAGAGGAUUUUCUACUGUACUGCUAUGUACAGGACUGCCACUAAAGAAGAAUAGUCACAGGUGAGGGGAUAUGGGGACAUUUUAAAAUACUUUUCUAUGUUUAGCUUUCUGUUGAGACAGAGUUUUCUCAGAGUAGCGAUUUGCUGUUUCUGUGAGGGUGAGGAGCGUGUAGUCAUGACUUGUUACUGGGCAUAAUGUAUUCAACUUUGACAAAGACCAUGAAAAGUUUGCUGCUUUUUUUUCUCCCCCACUUUCAGGAAAACCAAAAAUACUUUUAGGAAAUAAAUCAAAGGGGAAAAGGUAUUUUAUUAUCAUUAUUUAACAGAAUUGAACAAAAGGUGAUAGCAAUGCCAAGCUUAUAAAAUCCAUAUUCUUUAAGACCUUUUAAGGGAAAGUGUUCAUCUCUAUUCUCCACUAAAUGUCAAAGUUUUCACUAACAGGCUAAUAAUGAGGAUCUAGGAGUUCCUUCCAUUCCCUGGCCAUUUAACUUCAAACAAACACUGAAGAAUAAGUCAGGAAAAGUACAUCAGUGACAUCUGAUGCCAUCAUCUGUGUUACAGUAGUUUGAUACAUUUUUACUGAUGUAUUCAUUGUAUUUUGGUAUGUUUCAACGAUGGAGCAUAACUUUAAGAGACUUAACUAGCCUAGUUGGUUAAAGAUCAAAUAAGUUAUUAGCAGAACAGAAUGUAGUGCCUGAUGGCAUGUUUUCCACCCUGUGCUGUCUUUACCCUGUCAUUGUAGUCAGUGAGGUGAGAAUUGAGGUGGGGGAGUAUGGUCUCAUGGACAUGCUAAUGCCUUGACUCUACCAGAGUAACUGUUGAGUUUCAGAUCGUUCCUUAUGGUUUAUCACAUCGAGGGGAACAUGAGAAGGAAAAACAUUGGAUGCAACCAAAAUAGCACCCUAUCCCCUUUUUAUAUCCCCUUUUUAUUGCACUAGCUUUGACCAGGGCCCUUAGAGUAGUGAUGUGAUUCUGGUUUCCUGUUGUUUCCAUGACGCUCUUGUUCUUGUCUGGUUGAGGAUUGAGCAGGGUUGUCAGAAAUGGUACAUUUGGCAGUAAUUCUGCCCAGUGGUUUAAAUUACUUAAGUAAAAAUACUUUAAAGUACUACUUAAGUCAUUUUUGGGGUAUCUGUACUUUACUUUACAUGUUGGACAACUUUUACUUCACUGCAUUCCUAUGAAAAUUAUGUACUUUUUAAUACCAUACAUUAGCCCUGACAACCAAAAGUACUCCUUAUAAGAAAAUUGUCCAAUUCACGCCCUUAUCAAUGGAACUGUCACGAUCGUCUAAGGAGGAGGACCAAGGCGCAGCGUUGAAGGUGAACAUAUUAUUUAUUAUACUGAUCACACGAUCAAAACAACAGACGAUAACGUGAUGUCUACGGUUUAACACAAACCAAAUAAGAACAAGAAACCACAAAACCAAAGGGAAAGACAGACAGUUUAAAUAUGGCUCCCAAUCAGAGACAACCAGCUGACACUCGUUGCCUCUGAUUGGGAGUCACUCAGGCCAACAUAGAAAUACAAACUAGACCCACAACCUACCACACAAAACAUAGAAACUAACACCCUGGCUCAACAUACGAGAGUCCCCCGAGCCAGGGCGUGACAGGAACAUCCGUCUGGUUUACUUUCUAUAAGGAAUUUGAAAUUAUUUAUACUUUAACUUUUGAUACUUAAGUAUAUUUUAGCAAUUACAUUUUACUUUUGAUACUUAAGUAUAUUUAAAACCAAAUACUUUUAGACUUUUACUCAAGUAGUGUUUUACUGGGUGACUUUUACUUACAUUUACAUUUACAUUAUUUAGCAGACGCUCUUAUCCAGAGCGACUUACAGUACUUGAGUCCUUUUCUAUUAAGGUAUCUUUACUUUUAAAUGGAAAAUAAAUCAACAUAAAUAUGGGUUGUAUUUAAUGGUGUUUGUUCUUCACUAGUUUCUCUGUCAGUCUCUCUCCAUCCGUCUCUUCCGUUGCGCUCACUCUCUCCGUCUGUCCGUCUCUCCCGUUUCUCUCUCUGUCAGUCUCUUUCUCCAUCAGUCUCUCCGCUGUUUCUCUCUCUCUCUCGCUCUCUCUCUCUCUCUCUCUCUCUCUCUCUCUCUCUCUCUCUCUCUCUCUCUCUCUCUCUCUCUCUCUCUCUCCACAACAUACCUCACCUCUGCAUACAUAGAUACAGCCUGGCACAAUCUAAUAAGUGUACACAGAACACACAUCAUCUAUAAAAAAUAUAUUUAAAAAAUGCUACAGAUAUCUCUCUGCUGUCUGUCCUUUUCUCUCCAGACUGUGGUGGGGUGAGAGGGAGCAGUGUCCAAAAAACCCCUGUGGACUAAUUAACAGUCAGAUCCACCCCUGGCCCUAAUAUCUUUCCUGUUGCUCCCAUGAAAAACCCAACCAUCCUCUUCAGAAGGACAUCAGUGACUCCCCUCCUCCCCUGUACUCCCCCAUCCUCCUCCCCCUCUGCCUAGUUCUCAUGUUCCUCCUCCGGGGAGGGUGGAGAGCAGGGGGCACACACGCAGCCAGCUGCCGAGGCUUGGGGCCACGGUGACGGGCAUGGGGCUCAAGAGGAGGCUGGGGCUGUGCUUCCUGGGUGUCAUCUCCCUGCUGGUCAUCUACAUCCUGUGUUUGAGCCUGGAGAUCACUGUCCCCUGGCGCAUGGUCGACCUGAACCUGUCACACUUCCCUGGUCUUGGGUACACACAGCAACUAAACAGGUAAACAAACAACAAUGCACCAAUAGAAACAUCCGGGUGGAAAUUAAGCACUACUGUCAGGGAAUGUUGUUGACCUCAAGGUUUUCAUUUGAUUAGUAUCAGUUAAACUGACAAUCAAACAAUAUGAUCUUGUUCAUUGUCAAAACAUGAUCAACCAGUUGGUUGAGAAGUAAUGUAGAGCUAAAUUGUUGUAUAGUUCAAAAGCAAUUUUUUGGGGUUUCGAUUAAGUAUUUGAAUUGGUAAAAAGGCUGACCUAGUGGAAUGUUCACUUAAAAAAAAUAUAUAAUAAUAAUCCUGAAAUUAAUCCUAGUCAUUUCCCUUGGUUUGCCUAAUGAGCAGCCAUAAAGAGGGAAAUGGCUGAGAUCAUGGAGAAUUAAAAGCUGGUUUUCUCUAACCACUACGUUCUUCCUGCAAGUUGUAUCAUUGUGGUUUUCAAAAUGGAGCCACACCAGCUAUGCGAAAUAGAUCGAGGAGGAUGGAAAAAAAAAAAAACAUAUCGCAGGCGGUAGUCCCUCAUAGUCCUGACAUGGGAAACGUAAGCCUGGUAGUAAUGGGUAGGCGAUAGUCCAGUUUUAAACGCAUGGGGGUGCAGAUAAGAUGUAUUAAGAGAGAGGCUCAGGAAGAAAUGGAAGCAGCUCUCUCUCUCUCUCUCUCUCUCUCUCGCUCUCAGAGAUGUCUAUUUCAGAGACUAAAUGAUACGUUUGAGCGGUUCGAGCUUCAGCAGGUCUGUUAUUUUAAGCUGCCGCCUGCCUGCCUAAUGUAGCCCUUGGGUUUCACUAAGCAACAAUGGGUAGUGCUUUUAUCUGAAUGCCAGAGUCUCCAAAUAGCUCUGCUCUGCCUAUACUUUUUAGUUCCAAUCUGUGGCUCUCCAAAUGCAGGAGUCGAUGUGUUUAUACACAUUAUUGGGGCGGCAGGUAGCUUAGUGGUUAAGAGCGUUGUGCCAGUAACCGAAAGGUCGCUGGUUCUAAUCCCCGAGCCGACUAGGUGAAAAAUCUCUGUGCCCUUGAGCAAGGCACUUAACCCUAAUUGCUCCUGUAAGUCGCUCUGGAUAAGAGCGUCUGCUAAAUGAUGUAAAUGUAAAUGUAAAUUAUGUAGCUCGCUGUAUUAAGAAAGGCCGGUAAAUGACAUUAGCAUGUCUAUGGAAAAGGGGGUAUUUUGCCUCUAAAUCAUCACUUUAUUUCCUUGUCUGUGUACUGCUCAAGAGCCUCUUAUGACCGAAUGAAUAGUCCAGGAUGUAUCAGUCCUUCAGUUCUAAUUCCUGGUCCAGAUGACUAUGGCCUUUUGAUCUCAGGUUCAGCAUCAUCUGAUUGGGUUUAUUGCAUUGGUUUUGUUAUUAAUAUGAAUCAAAUCAAAUGUUAAUUGUCCACAUGCUUCGUAGACAAGUGGUGUAGACUAACAGUGAAAUGCUUACUUAUGGGCCCUUCCCAAUAAUGCAGAAUACAAUAUAUAAAAAAUAUAUAAUAAUAGUAUGUGAUGUGUACGUGGACACCUCUUCAAAUUAGUGGAUUUGGCUAUUUCAGCCACACCCGUUGCUGACAGGUGUAUAAAAUCGAGCACACAGCCAUGCAAUCUCCAUAGACAAACAUUGGCCUUAGAAUGGCCUUACUGAAGAGCAGUGACUUUCAACAUGGCACUGUCAUAGGAUGCCACCUUUCCAACAAGUGAGUUUGUCAGAUUUGCCCCAGUCAACUGUAAGUGCUGCUAUUGUGAAGUGGAAACAUUUAAGAGUGACAACGGCUCAGCCGCGAAGUGGUAGGCCACACAAGCUCACAGAACGGGACCGCCGAGUGCUGAAGCGUGUAGCGCGUAAAAAUCGCCUGUCCUCAGUUGCAACACUCACUACCGAGUGGAAGCAACGUCAGCACAAUAACUGUUCAUCGGGAUCUUCAUGAAAUAGGUCUCCAUGGCCGAGUAGCCACACACAAGCCUAAGAUCACUUUCCGCAAUACCAAACGUCGGCUGGAGUGGUGUAAAGCUCGCCGCCAUUGGACUCCGGAGAAGUGAAAACGCGUUCUCUGGAGUGAUGAAUCACGCUUCACCAUCUGGCAGUCCGACGGACAAAUCUGGGUUUGGCGGAUGCCAGGAGAAUGCUACCUGCCCCAAUGCAUAGUGCCAACUGUAAAGUUUGGUGGAGGAGGAAUAAUGGUCUGGGGCUGGUUUUCAUGGUUUGGGUCUAGGCUCCUUCGUUCCAGCGAAGGGAACUCUUAACGCUACAGCAUACAAUGACAUUCUAGACGAUUCUGUGCUUCCAACUUUGUGGCAAGUUUGUCCCCGUGCUCAAAGCGAGGUCCAUACAGAAAUUGUUCGCCGAGAUCGGUGUGGAAGAACUUGACUGGCCUGCACAGAGCCCUGACCUCAACCCCAUCGAACACCUUUGGGAUGAAUUGGAAUGCCGACUGCAUGCCAGGCCUAAUCGCCCAACAUCAGUGCCCGACCUCACUAAUGCUCUUGUGGCUGAAGAAAGCAAGUCACCGCAGCAAUGUUCCAACUUCUAGUGGGAAGCCUUCCCAGAAGAGUGGAGGCUGUUAUAGCAGCAAAGUUGGGACCAACUCCAUAUUAAUGCCAAUGAUUUUGGAAUAAGAUGUUCGACAAGCACGUGUCCACAUACUUUUGGCCAUGUAGUGUGAGUGUGUGGGUAGAGUUCAGUGUGUGUGCAUAGAAUUAGUGCAAAAAGGGUCAAUGCAGAUAGUCUAGGUAGCUAUUUGCUUAACUAUUUUAGUAGUCUUAUGGCUUGGGGGUAGAAGCUGUUCAGGAGUCUUUUGGCCACAGACUUAGUGCUCCGGCACCGUUUGCUGUGCGGUAGAAGAGAGAACAGUUUAUGACUUGGGUGGCUGGAGUCUUUGAUAAUUUUAUGUGCCUUCCUCUGACACCGCCUGGUAUAGAGGUCCUGGAUGGCAGGGAGUUCAGCCCCAGUGAUGUACUGGGCCAUACGCACUACCCUCUGUAGCACCUUGCGGUCGAAUGCCGAGCAGUUGCCAUACCAAGCUGUAAUGCAGCCAGUAAAGAUACUCUCAAUGGUGAAGCUGUAGAACUUCUUGAGUAUCUGAGGGCCCAUGCCAAAUCUUUUCAGCCUUCUGAGGGGGAAGAGGCAGUGUUGUGCCUUCUUCACGACUGUGUUGGUGUGCGUGUGGACCAUGAUAAUUCCUUAGCGAUGUGGACACCGAGGAACUUGAAGCGCUCGACCCGUUCCACUACAGCCUUGUCAAUGUGAAUGGGGGCGUGUUCGGCCCUCCAUUUCCUGUAGUCCACGAUAAGCACCUUUGUCUUGCUGACGAGAGGUUGUUUUCCUGGCACCACACUGCCAGGUCUCUGAACUCCUCCCUAUGGGCUGUCCCGUCGUCGUUGGUGAUCAGGCCCACCACCGUCGUGUCAUCUGCAAACUUGAUGAUGGUGUUGGAGUCUUUAUGUUCUGGAUUAUAUAGUAUUAUAAACCGUGUUUUUCGAGCCCUGUCAUAUACCACGGGUAUGACAAAAAAAUACUUUUUACUUAUUACAUUGGUAACCAGUUUAUAAUAGCAAUAUGGCACCUCUGGGGUUUGUGGUAUAUGGCCAAAAUACCACGGCUAAGGCCUGUGUCCAGGCACUGUUGUGUUGCGUAGUGCCAAAGAACAGCCCUUAGCCGUGGUAAAUUGGCCAUAUACCACACCCCCUCGUGCAUUAUUGCUAAAUUAUACCAUGGCAUUGUUGAGUACUCGUUUCUGAUUGGCUUCAAGGGCAUUCUAGUAUGUAUAUUAUUUAUCUGUAAUGCAAGGGAAUAACCAAUGGCUAUGAAGUUCAUUUUUACAUGUUCUAUGUUUGACCUGCUUUUCAAAAGCAAAAGUCGAAUUGAAAACAUUGUCUGUUUGUUUGGCUACCAAGGCAACUACUGUAGCUAUCUAGUAAACUUGCUAGCUAGCUAGCUACUUCAGUGCAUUUCUACCAGCAAAUUAACACAUUACUAGCAGCAAAUGUGUUCAUUUAUAGGCGUAGUAUGUGGGAUAAUCAACUCGGGGCUCUAUGCGUACUCUGGAAAAUGUCAUGUCUGCAAAAACACGACAGUCUGCAAAAACAAAAACUUUUUUUUUUUUUUUUACUAUAGUAAAUACUAGAGUAUUCAAUUUGUAUAUACCCUGCCCAUUCCCCUCCCCCAUAUCCCCUAUAUUUGUGCCACCCAUAGGUGAGAAACCUACAUGCCAAGUAUAGACCAUAUGUGUUCCCUAAAAAACCAGAAGUGCUGAAAUAUCUGUUCAGAACCCAGUCCUAUCUUUAGUAUUUCUCCAGUAGGUUUCCUCAAGUAGAAAGCCUCCACUUCUAUGUCAAAGAUAAUAUAACAAAAACACUAUAGGAAAUACUACAGUAUACUACAAUCCGCAAAAACACUACAUUAAUUACUAUAGUCUAUUCUACAGUUUUAUUUGAAUAGUAUUUAUACUACAGUUAACUGUAAAUACUAUAGUAGUAUACAGUAUACUACUCCAGACUUUAGUCCACAAAAAUGCUACAGUGAAUACUACGGUGAAGUCCUCAAAAACACUACAGUGAAUACUAUUGUAUUUACAGUUGAAGUCGGAAGUUUACAUACACCUUAGCCAAAUACAUUUAAACUCAGUUUUUCACAAUUCCUGACAUUUAAUCCUAGUAAAAAUUCCCUGUUUUAGGUCAGUUAGCAUCACUACUUUAUUUUAAGAAUGUGAAAUGUCAGAAUAAUAGUAGAGAGAAUGAUUUAUUUAAGCUUUUAUUUCUUUCAUCACAUUCCCAAUGGAUCAGAAGUUUACAUACACUCAAUUAGUAUUUGGUAGCAUUGCCUUUAAAUUGUUUAACUUGGGUCAAACGUUUCAGGUAGCCUUCCACAAGCUUCUCACAUUAAGUUGGAUGAAUUUUGGCCCAUUCCUCCUGACAGAGCUGGUGUAACUGAGUCAGGUUUGUAGGCCUCCUUGCUCGCACACGCUUUAAGUUCUGCCCACAACUUGAGGUCAGGGCUUUGUGAUGCCCACUCCAAUACCUUGACUUUGUUAUCCUUAAGCCAUUUUGCCACAACUUUGGAAGUAUGCUUGGGGUCAUUGUCCAUUUGGAAGACCCAUUUGCGAUCAAGCGUUAACUUCCUGACUGAUGUCUUGAGAUUUUGCUUCAAUAUAUCCACAUAAUUUUCCUUCCUCAUGAUGCCAUCUAUUUUGUGAAGUGCACCAGUCCCUUGAGCAGCAGAGCACCCCCACAGCAUGAUGCUGCCACCCCCAUGCUUCACGGUUGGGAUGGUGUUCUUCGGCUUGCAAGCUCCCCCCUUUUUCCUCCAUACAUAACGAUGGUCAUUAUGGCCAAACAUCAGACCAGAGGGCAUUUCUCCAAAAAAGUAUGAUCUUUGUCCCCUUGUGCAGUUGCAAACCGUAGUCUGGAGCAGUGGCUUCUUCUUUGCUGAGCAGCCUUUUAGGUUAUGUCGAUAUAGGACUUGUUUUACUGUGGAUAUAGAUACUUUUGUACCUGUUUCCUCCAGCAUCUUCACAAGGUCCUUUGCUGUUGUUCUGGGAUUGAUUUGCACUUUUCACACCAAAGUACGUUCAUCUCUAGGAGACCGAACGUGUCUCCUUCCUGAGUGGUAUGACGGCUGCGUGGUCCCAUGGUGUUUAUACUUGCGUACUAUUGUUUGUACAGAUGAACGUGGUACCUUCAGACGUUUGGAAAUUGCUCCCAAGGAUGAACCAGACUUGUGGAGGUCUACAAUAUUUUUUUCUGAGGUCUUGGCUGGUUUCUUUUGAUUUUCCCAUGAUGUCAAGCAGAGGCACUGAGUUUGAAGGUAGGCCUUGAAAUACAUCCACAGGUACACCUCCAAUUGACUCAAAUUAUGUCAAUGAGUCUAUCAGAAGCUUCUAAAGCCAUGACAUCAUUUUCUGGAAUUUUCCAAGCUGUUUAAAGGCACAGUCAACUUAGUGUAUGUAAACUUGGAAUUAAACCCACUGGAAUUGUGAUACAGUGAAUUAUAAGUGAAAUAAUCUGUCUGUAAACAAUUGUUGGGAAAAUUACUUGUGUCAUUCACAAAGUAGAUGUCCUAACUGACUUGCCAAAACUAUAGUUUGUUAACAAGAAAUUUGUGGAGUGGUUGAAAAACGAGUUUUAAUGACUCCAACCUAAGUGUAUGUAAACUUCCGACUUCAACUGUACUAUAGUAUUUUUUAAUGUGUGGGUUAGGAGGAGGAAAUGCCUCCUUCCUCUUCUCUGUUCAAUGUGGAUCACACCGUUAGACCAGUGUGACCAAAGUCGACAAAAUGUUUCUGCAGAGUCAGAUACAGAGAGAUAUAGAUCAACCUCUUGUCUCUGGCACACUUUUACUUUUACUAGAGGACCUUUGCUUGUGAGAGAUUAUGUAAAAAGUAAACUGGCUUUCUACAGCAAAAAUAAAUGUUACAUUGAUUCAAUAUGUGUUUUGUUUCCAUUAUUAGUAGCAGGAUAUGGUUAACUUGGAGUAAGCCAAUGAUACUUUUUAUGACAUACAGCGUUAAUAACCACAACAAUUGCACAUUGUUACACUAACCAGCAGAGUUGUUGUAACAAUGCACUAUCCCUUUCUGCUGCAGGGAAUGUCUUGUUUGACCGUUGCCGUGUUGUUUUGUCUUCCUCUAGGUCACAUGACUCUGUAGACUCGAUUGACGGCAACACUCCAUCACCCAAAGCAACAGAGCCACCCUUCAUUGGAGACAGUUACUACAGUGAAGAUGCCCCACCUCAAACAGUGAGUUGAAGCUUCCCUUUCUGUGAUUGCGGUCUACUUCAGAGACCUUAGAUGGGCUGUGGUCUACUUGCAGUCAACGUUGACUGAUUUGAGGAAGGGCUGAGGGUGGCACUUUCAGGCAUAUGGGUGGCUAUUCAUGGGGGCACUGUGAAAAUAAUGCCCCACACUGCUGUAAUUAGGAAAAUGGUUGACACUCUAGUUAACAACCAGAUUACACAACCCAAAAUGUAAUUCAAACAUCCAUUUGAUACGCUUUGGGCCAUCUUAAGCCAUCUACAUAUUACAUUGUGAAAAUCGGGCAGAUGUAUUGUCACAUCUUUAUAAACUGCAGGUCUGCAGGUCUGCAUGGUACAAUUACACUACUAGUUCACUGUUCAUCAGCCUUGACGCUGAUGUUAAUGACUUAAUGUUCUACAAUGACGUUUGAUGUGUGUGCGUGCGUUGGUGGGCGCGUGUGUGAGUGGAUUCAUUUCCAGUGAAUUAAAUGAGUAAUUUCUGACAUUUUAAUUAGAUAAUCGUAGUGUAAUGUUUUUUUUUUAGCACAGAGAGUUUGGGGAUGAUACAGUAAGGCUACAUCCCAAAUGGCACCCUAUUCCCCACAUAGUGCACUACUUUUGACUAGAGCCCUAUGGGCCCUGAUCAAAAGUAGUGCACUAUAUAGCGAAUAAGGUGCCAUUUGGAACAUAAUCAAUGUGUUUUCCACGUGUUUUCCACGUGUUCUUCAUAACCGCUAUGCCUCUCCCCAAGAAUUAUAAUUCUCCACAUCCCUCUAGUCAUUAUGCAGCUCUUCCACUGUAGAACGUUAAAUUACAAGAUACAGUUAAUUACUUCCAUUGAGUCAUACAAUUUAUGAUGUUGCAAAGUCUGUUGACUGGAACAAGUAUUGCUGGCGUUGUUAUAGCUUAUGUGCUACUAUAGAAUGAUAACCAUGAAUUUGAGGUGUUACUUUGUUUUGGUGGUGUGCCCCUUACUCUAAAAUUAAAACACAGGGAGUGUAUAGAGUCUCACAGUAGGAGUGCUGAUCUAGGUUCAGUUUAGCCUUUUAGAUCAUAAUGAAUCAGAUUACAUGGACAGGGGGGGAUCUGAUCCUAGAUCAGUACUCCUACUCUGAGACGCUUUUUAAAGAUGGGCCGAGAUGUACUCAUAAUGGAUUCAACAGGAACGUUCAUAGUCUUCAAUAAGAAUACUAUUGUUGUUUAUUUUCCCUCCAGGACUGUCCAAACAGUAUUCGUAGCAGGGUGCCCCAGACAGACUUUGGGGUUAGGUAUCUGGGCAGGAUCCCUGUCCUCCAGUGGGCCAAGCAUGCCACUACAGAACAGUACCAGCGCCUCAAACUGUACCCAGGGGCUCAUGGCUGGGGAAACCUUGACAUUGACAGUAAGUACUUUCAAUACAUGUUGACGUGACCGUUGUUUCAAUGCAUUACUACAAAUAAUAUAGUUAGACAACAUUGGCUAAGCGAGACCGUGCGUGGUGUUGCCGUUAGUGUGGGUGACUAACACACAAUGUGGCCAUUGUCUAACUGCAGUGCCUUUGCUCCAUGGCCAUCGCAAUAAAGAUAGGACACGCAACCCUUCAUGGUCAGUCAAUAGGACAUCUGUGCCUCUUUACAGAUACAUGUGAAUCUCUUAUCAGCUCAGAUGUAGAAGAGUCAAUGAUGGAAUCAUUCCAUUGUGUUUACCCCAUAGACUAUACAAAUAAAGAUUUACCCACACCUUGCCUCAGGCCCCAUUUUGUUUUUUGCAGCUAUUUGGACAACACGACCCUUUCAGUUGAGUGUGUAAGAAUCGUCCAUUGGGUGAUUUGCAUUAGGCAAAUCCAUUGGUUUAUGAAUAUAUUUUUUUAUUACAUUGGAAUACAUUUAUUGCCGCGAGCAAGGCUUUUUAUUUGGGACUGUGUGAGGAUUAAACCUGCCAAGAAUUCUAAAACGAAUCUCCAAGGUCUUUGUAAAAAAUGAAAAUUAAAUGUUUUUAUUUUGUUGUGCAAACAGCUCUGGUGUCGACCCUAUCUGUUCUCAACACAUCAGCCAACUGGCACAUGUUUGAUGACUGGGAGAGUCGAAGCAACGGCUCGCAGUGUGUCUGUUGUGCUGUCGUGGGCAACGGAGGGAUUCUGAAGGACUCAAAGAAAGGCCGGGAGAUUGACCAACAUGACUAUGUCUUCAGGUGAGAGAUGCCUUUUUCGACCUUGUUUAGUCUUGACUUCCUCAAUAGCCUGGGGGCGAGGUUAGACCAUGUUAGGUGUUCAAACGUUUACAAAUGUUUCAUUCUACAGGUUCCUUGUAAUGAGCAUUUCGAUGUUAAUGUGACAGUUGGCAUUUUGUCAAUCAGGAUGGCCCAUUCAAGGGCUUCUCAAGAGUCUGUAGAUUAGAAUGAGGCAUGUAUCUGGUUGCUGUGGUUACCAAAGGGUCUAAGUGGUCAUUUCUUUCCAAUGGUCAUUGACAGUGUUCAUGCUACUGUUGUAAUUGGUCAUUGACAGUGUUCCUGUGUUCUAAUUAGUCAUUGACAGUGUUCCUGUGUUCUAAUUAGUCAUUGACAGUGUUCCUGUGUUCUAAUUAGUCAUUGACAGUGUUCCUGUGUUCUAAUUAGUCAUUGACAGUGUUCCUGUGUUCUAAUUAGUCAUUGACAGUGUUCCUGUGUUCUAAUUGGUCAUUGACAGUGUUCCUGUGUUCUAAUUAGUCAUUGACAGUGUUCCUGUGUUCUAAUUAGUCAUUGACAGUGUUCUGUUCCGUGCCUCUGUUGUGAUUCCAGGACCAAUGGAGCUGUGAUUAAGGGCUUUGAGCAGGAUGUGGGCUCUAGAACGUCCGUCUACACGUUCUCCACCAACACCCUCCGUAACUCCAUGAAGAGAUACGCCGGAGCGGGCUACAGUGGACCACCGCUGUCUGAGGUGAGACCUUCCAUGAUGAUGAUGAUGGUUCACGAUCAAAUUGACUCACUAGGAAUAAACAUGACUUGUUUUUAUUUAUUUAUUAAUUAAUUCAUCCAUCCAUUCUUUUAUUCAUUCAUUCAUGCAUGCAUUCAUUCAUUCAAAGACAAACUCGUUCUUUUAUAGUCUGAUUGUUUUCACCUCUCUCUCUCUAUCCUGUAGGAGACUAGGUAUGUCUUCCUGCCAGACCAUGACAGGGAUUAUCUGCUGAUGAAAGCAGCCGCCACACACACUCCAGUAGAGAGAGGACCAGAGAAGAGCAAAACGUAAGAUACCACAUGGGUUCACAUCCAUGGACACAGUUUUGAUUUCAUUCCCCACACAGCAUCCAUGUGGACUGCAACUGCAAUUGAACACCGUCAAUGUCACCCAAGUAUUACUUCUUUAUUAACAAAUGUGUGUUCUAUACUGUUCACCAUAUUGAUGUUUCUUUGUGAAUAAAUUGCUUAAUUUUUUUCUUCCUCAGGCCACCCACAUACUUUGGAAAAAAUGUGAGUGUAGAAAAGUUCAAGAUGUACCAUCCAGAUUUCAUACGUUACAUCAGAAACAGGUGAGUAAAAGAGGGGAAAAUAAAUGAGUUAUCUUUGUGCUAUCUUUAGGAUAGUUGUUGUGACUGAUCAGAAUCACACCUGAGCUCUGAUUACACACACCUGGACAUAUAAACUCCUUUGUGCCAGUGCCACGAACCCAAGGGUCACGUAACUAGAAUGACAUCUAAAUUAAUUAACCAUAUCAGGAUAUAGUGUGACUCUACUGAAAAGGACAAGUGUUGUGUAUUGUUAGCUGUCCUCAAAACAAGGAAAAUGUGGUAGCUAGGAGUGGUCUGUCCAACACCUUUUCUCCAACAAGGGCAUUUUAGGACAGGAUAGGAUCAACUUUAGUGUCCCUGAGGAGAGCUAUUUUAAUAGUUAGUUAGAAGUAAAUAUGUGCACCUGCAGUGUGGUUGUUAAAUGGUUUUCAUGUUCUGUGUAGGUUCCUCCGAGGCCAUGCCAUGCAGACCAAAUACAAGGACAUCUACCGUCCAUCAACAGGUGCUGUGAUGCUGCUGGCUGCUAUGCACACCUGUGACCAGGUACGGUAUAAGCUACCAACAGCCACUAAAAAGUAAUUGCAACACUUCAUAUUUGAACAAGAGAAGACCGGUUAUGACCACUGACAGUAAAAGCACAAGGUAUACCGUAAUGUGUAUUAGUUAGUUACGACCACGUACAGUAAAAGCAUAAGAUGACGACCAGUGAUGUAGUGGUAAAUAAAUUGGUGGGUAAACUCUGAUCGCCGGUCACGGUGAAAAAAGUUACGCUCCCUAUACUUUCAAUGCAUUUUUCUGCAAAAGGUGGGUAAACUGUUAGGCAAAAUAAAAAAGGUAGAUCAACUGCAUUUACCCUCCACUACACCACUGAUUACGACUCCCUGGACAUGACUGCACUUGCUUUACAGAUUGACAGUACUUACUCUGGCACUGAUAGCCUUCAAUUAGACAUGCAGCAUGUCACUCAGACCACUCAUGAAAGCAAAGGUCAAUGAGGUAAUCAUCUCUCUCUGUCUCUCUGUCUCUCUGUCUGUCUGUCUGUCUGUCUGUCGAAAACAGGUGAGUGCGUACGGCUUCAUGACUCCAGACUAUAAGAACUACUCUGACCACUACUAUGACAGCAGUUAUCACCCUGUGGGUUUCUUCAUCAACCAUGACCUGAAGAUGGAGAUGACACUGUGGCAGCAGCUCCAUCAGGCAGGCCUCAUCACGCUCUACAUGCACCAGUGACCUCAGGAACUAACUCACUCCAGGUCGCUAUGGCAACGACCACAUUAAUUACAUAAGUCUAUGGUAAUGACUCCGUCUCCACCACUGGCUCCCAUAGUUAGCCAACUCCCAGUAAACCAACUUGCCCGUCGCUGUUGCAACUACGAGAUUUAUAGAGUAAUGACUCCAUGUCUGACUUUGUCACUACCUGCCAUGGUGGAGGUUAGCCAAAACCUCUGAGAAAAUGGUCUCCAUGGUUGGGCUUAGCCAAUCCUCUUGAGAAGACUCUAACAGGGGUGGAGGCAGGUUGGCAGGGAGACAGUCAUAGACUGUUGCUGACACUUGCUGAGUUACCAGCAAUAUUAUUUUCAUUUUGGAUGAAGAUUGUUUUAGACUGCACAGCUGAAGUUUUUAUCAAUGGCAUUUUGGACAUAUUUUACCAAUUUAAUGUUUUUUUUAGCCUUUUUAUACUAUUUUAAGACGUUUUGAGUCUUUUAAAACCAUUUCAGACAAUCAGGUUCUGUGGGUCUUAGUCAGACAUAUGUUUCUAGACACUUCUACAUUAAUGUGGAUGCUACCAUGAUUAGGGAUAAUCCUGAAUGAAUCGUAAAUAAUAAUGAGUGAGAAAGUUAGAGGGUCAAAGAUCAUACCCUCAAUACAUGCUAACCU